AUGGCUCAUUCACUGUCGGGUCCACGCGGAACGUUGAGUAGUAAUAGAGUGUACCCUUAUGCAAUCAAACAACACCCUCAUCAUCAUCAUCAUGACGAUACGGUGUUGGUAGCAACGCCAGGUGAGGAGGAGGAACCUCAUCAAAAUCACAACAUUCAUGAUAAAUAUCUAUUUACUAAAGCGAAAACUAUACGGGAUCUCAAUGCGCCUAGCCAAGAAAAAUCCCGAGGUUGGCUUGUCAGGUCCUUAACGCGAAAAAUGAUGAAUGAAUUAGGUUCAACGACAAGUUUAAACACGAUUCAUGAAUUAAUUGAUGAUUUUACUAUUGAGAACGAUUUAGUGGCCAAGUCCAGAACGUUCAGCGGUAGUAUAGUGUCUUCAUCUACUUCGAAUGUCGAAGAUUUUAGCAAUAGUAACUCGUUGUGUAUGCAUUGCAGCUUUAGAUGCCUGCUUGUAACAACCAUGUUGGUAAUGAUAAUCAUUCCCGUGUUGACUUUGGUUUUACUUUCGAUAGGUUUUUCAGUUCUUGCCUCCAAUGACGUCAAAAUGCAGGUAAUAACUCAGAGUUAUCGGAGUGCAGAAAGUUAUGUUGACGAUUUUUACGGCUUUGCAUGGAAGCAACGUAUGCACAAAAGUGGCAUUAAUAUUAAUGACGACAAUAGUAAUAUUUAUAGCCCUCAAGGUUUUGAGAAUUUGAUGAAAGUUCUAGCUGUCAGUCAUAAACAAUACAUUGGAAGGAUUUACCUUGUGGAUUUUACUCCACCGACUGGAGAUUAUCUUUAUGUCGACACUGGUUACCAAAAGAUGGAGCCAUUGGAAAACGAAACAGAGCCCAUGUUUGAACCAAGACAAGAAGUAUUUCAAAUUAUUCAACCUGAUAAUGAAACAUCUUUACAAUCAACAUUCUACUUCACACGGUUUGGAAAAAGGAGAACUGUUGCUUUCGAAGAACCGACUUCAAAAUGGGACCCUAGAGACUACGAAUUCUAUUCUCUCUCUCAAAUUUAUGACGAAGCCUUGGUUCCUUUAGAUGUUCAAUGGCAAGGAGAAACUAUCGAACAAAGAGUAUACACUUGCUUUCAAUCUAAUAUUUAUUCUCCAUAUGACUCUCAAUUCAUAGGAGUAACAAGCAUUAACGUUAAUAUUGAAUAUUUAGCUAACUUUGUAAGAUCAUUCUAUGUCUCACCAAGGUCGUUUGUUGCGAUUAUUGAAAUGUUCAAUCGAGAGGAAGGUAUUCAUAAACGAGUGGUGGGCUUCAAAAAUGCUUCUUCUAUUGCCAUAUAUGAUCCAACCAUGGAAUUCGAAUAUAGAAUUGCCGACGCAUCAGAAAUUGCUGAUCCCUUGUUGAAAAAUGUGGUUAUCAAUAUUUUGCCUGCCAAAAUAUCUGACUAUUCUUUAUACAAAGACACUUCAUAUUCAGAUGCACAUGUUCAAACAUUUACUUUUCAAGGAGAAGAAUAUGUUGUGUCCCACGGAGUUGUAAACAAAACACUUUCUCUUAAUAUGCACUGGCUAGUGGCGGUUGUGGCUCCACAAACAGAUUUUACCAGUAAUGUUUUCAUGUUGGCUGGCAUAAAUGAGGUUUUGGAGCUAUCGACAGCUUUUGAAAACAUGAAGAUGGCAUUAAGGUCUUUUAAAAAAUUUGUUCCAAGUGAACUUGUUAGAGAAAUGCUUCAAAAAGGAAAUGAAAUCAAUUUAGGAGGAAAAUUGGUGAACAAUUUAACAAUAUUCUUCUCUGACAUUGAAAAUUUUACAACUUUAAGUGAGGAGCUGGAACCACAGAUUCUUAUCAAGCAACUAUCAGAAUAUUUUCAUGUUCUCACUGAAGAGAUUAUUUUAGAAAAAGGAACCUUAGAUAAAUAUAUCGGAGAUUCUGUGAUGGGUUUCUGGGGAGCCCCUCAGUAUUCGACGCUCUCAGGAAUUAGAGCUUGUAAGGCAUCCUUGAGAUGUCAAAUGCGGAUGGAGGAGUUGAGAAAGAAGUGGGCUAAAGAGAGAAAACCUUUAAUGAGAUGCCGAAUUGGAAUUCACAGUGGGUCUUGUAUUGUUGGAAACUUUGGAUCAAGAUGGAGACUCAACUACACCAUCAUUGGUGACAGCGUAAAUCUUGCUUCUCGAUUAGAAGGUACCAACAAAUUUUAUAAUACGCAAAUUAUUGUUUCAGAAGAUACAUACUUGAGACCUUAUGUUUCUGAACAAUUAGAGUUUAGAAAACUUGACAAAAUCAACACGUCAGAAAUUGCAAAAGAUCAAAGACCUUUACCUCUUGCAAAUGAGGCCAUGUUACAAAUGCGUUCUUGUUACGACACCGCGUUGAAAAACUAUUUUAUGGGAAACUUUAGCGAAGCUGCUUUGCAAUUUGAAGAGUGUUUAAAAUUGAUACCAAAUGAUGGACCGGCAACAACUAUGCUUACACGUUCGCAAUACUUCUCUAUUCAUAGACCAAGUAACUGGGAUGGAGUUUAUCACAAUGUAGAAAAGUAG